UUGUUUGUUGUUAAUUAACGGGUGGAUGUUUUCCAAAUGCUUCAGACUUCCUUUGCGGCGAUAAUUAAAAGGAUGACAAAGGGGAAAGAGUAGAGGGUGUAAUUGACCAGGAUAGUUUCUCUUACCGUGGUGUUUCCUUUGGUAGUGUCGCUGUACCGGGAUUUCUUUUAAAGAGUAUAGUCUAGUGGCCAUCUGAUGCCAAAGUCAUGGCAACACACAUAUUCAUAGACAAAGAGAAUGGUGAAACUGGCACAACUGCUACUUCUAAGGAUCAACUGAGACUUCUUUCAGCACCUGCAAAGACUUUUGUUGAAAAGUCUCAUCCUAGGACUCCACUUGUUGGAAGAACAGCCAAUGUGAAUUCAGCAGCAUCCCAGUCGGUCAGGAAGGCUCUAGGAAACUUGAAUCGGCCUCUGUCAACUACAAUGACUCAGUUUCGUAAAGGAAAAAAGUUCUCUGUAAAAAAGGCUACUGAGAAGACGAACACAGUUGAAAGCUGCAGUGUUGUUACUGAAGAUUGUCCAGAGAAGGAGAAUCUGUUUUUCUAUAAUCCUCUAGACUUUGAGAAUUUUGAAGUUCCUGAGGAGCACAGGCUGAGCCACAUGUCAUUGACAGGUGUUCCUCUCAUGACAUUUGAAAAAGCAUCUGACAUAUUUACUGGCACAGUCUCUGUACCCAUAAUGCAACCUCCAAUUUCAUGGGAUUAUGACACUCUGCAAUCAACCAAAGAUUAUUUAGCUACCUUGGAUGAAAUAAUAAUUGAUCUCCCCCCUCCGUUGUAAUAUUUAAACAGGCUACUUUUUUUUAAACUUAGUUCUGGACAACUUGUAUCAGUUUCAUAAUAAAGAACAUGUAACCAAGGUC